AUGGCGUUUGACUUCGACAUGGGGAAAGGAAUGGGUGGAAAGGGCGGCGCUUCUCCUGGCGGGGAUGGAGCGAGGUGGACGACGAUCCGGCGAUUGUGGCUGUCGGUGGUGGGAUUAGGCCACGCUGGGCUGGGUAUACUUUCUUUUCCACCACGACAACCCAAGGUGAGAGCAAACCUGGAGUUCAUCCCCAAAGUCAUCCGGUACCGGUUUCAAGACUCAAGCUACUGCAAUCGGGAAACCCCCAAAUCUCUUCCUUCUCUGUCUCCAUUUCAAUGUAGAGGUCCUCAAUGCGUGUUUUCUUGUGCGAACGAGCAUAGGUCGCUGUCUAAACAAAAGUUUACUUGUUGCCUAGCAUUGGAUGGUGUCAAUGUACUUGCCUCUGGUUUUGAGGCAGAUGAAAAGGUUAAGAUAAAGAACUUAGUAACAUCAAUGGGGGGAGUUUUACAUACUAAAACAUCUUUGGAUGUUAGCUUUGUCAUUGCGAAGAAUGCCUUGGCUGCAAAAUACAAGGUUUCUUAUCUCAAGGAGAUAUAUGACUGGUAUUUUCCUCCCUUCUUAUGCAGUGGGCUGUAA